AUGGCAACAUCAACUUCGGCAGCCGCAACUGAAGUAACAACGAAAAACCCGGAUGAAAUAAUGACCGAAGAGAUUCGGAAACAAAUAAUUCUCAUGCACAACUAUCGUAGAUCUGAACUUGCUUUGGGACGCGUAAGAAACGGUAAAGAAGGAAACCCCAACUGUCCAAAAGCUCAAAAUAUGUUGGAAAUGGUAUACGAUAUGGAUUUGGAGGUGGCUGCCCAGGCAUACGCUGAUCAAUGCCAUACAAGUGGUUCUGCAAUUUCAACUCGUCCACUUUUUGGCGAAAACUUCCAUAUUAUUCCAUCGAGAACAAUAAAUUAUUGCAAUGCAACUGUUGCGGCGAUAAAAGCAUGGUGGAGCCAAAUAUUUUCCAAUGGAGUAAAUAUGCAGAUGCUUUACACCGUAACCCUUCACACCAAGCAACAGUCGCCAAAUAAAUUCACGCAGGUAAGCAGAUGA